AUGGCGGGCGCAAAGUGCCUUCUGAAAACGCCGAGUAACUUCCAGUCGUCUGCCAUGUUUGAAGGCUCAGAGUCUGUCGAGGUGGAGGGGGGCAGCGCAGAGAGCACCGUGGCCUCAUCCAUCAGCGCCUGCAAGAAGGUGCUGUGCAGCAACAGUGUGCUGGACUCGUCGGAGUACUGGCUGAGGAAUGAGAAAACUCUGUGCAGGCUGGGCUUGCUGGACGACGACACGGAGGGCAGCUGCACCGUGAUUUGUUUUGUAAAUCUGGACCCGCAGAAGACGGACUGCCGUGAUGACAAAAGCAUCAAGAAACUGGCAUCAGUGUCUCCAGACCUGCCAAAGCUCGUUGAAUUACUGACUGUCCACCAGCCGAAAGAAAAUGAGAUCCUGCUGCUCGGUGGCCUCGAAGCCUCAGACACUUGCCAAACACGCCCACACUCCCCCUCUCAGGGCGGGCAGCAGCCACAGCAGAGGAGUACAGACGUGUGCCUGGUUCAGUGUUCAGGGCAGAGACGCUCCGUCCAGCCUAGCAGCAUCAUCUUUGAUAUCAACAAGUUCCUGAUUGGUCUGCAGUGGGGGAAGGAGCGGCAGCUUCAGCAGGGCCGAGCAGCAGGGCAGCGGGUCGACGAUGACACCAAUCGCUCCAUCUCGUCCAUAGAAGAAGACUUCCUGACUGCCUCCGAACACCUUGGUGAUGACAGUGAGGAUGAUGGCUUCAGAAAUGAAGCAGAGAGUGGUGACCUGGCAGAGAGCUUGGUAGAGGUGGCACAGAAACACUGUGUCAGACUUGCAUGUCAGAGGGGACAGCUGGCCCAUCAUCAAAACAGGGAGGAUGCUGCGGUGACAAGGGAAGGGCAUCAGCAAGCAAGCCUCCACACUAAGGAAUCAGCCGGUCACUACGCCACCAAUCUGGCCGAGUCAGUACUGCAAGAUGCCUUCAUACGGCUCUCUCAAGAUGAAACCUCUUUUGUCUCUGAGGCGGCUGUCAGUGUGUCCGUCUCUAGUUGUCCUUCCAACUCCGCUGGUCUUUCAAAGACAAGAGAACCUUCCCAACAGCGCACCUGCUCAUUUGAGCUCCCCAAGAUUGUUAUAGUUCAAAGCCCAGACAGCUCUGAUGGGGCUGUAGAAUGGCCAGAGACCCAGGUGUCUCAUGUGCCUGACCAGGAUAUCACUGCCAAAGCCAGAGAGAUGCCAGAGAAUGGGACACAGGCCCACAUUCCCCACCACAGUGGAGGACACCCAUCCAAACAUGUAGAGGUAGCUUUGGCCUGUGCUGCCAGUGUCAUUGGCACCAUUACAACCCCACAGCUGACAGAACAGCUCGCCAUGGAAUCGGCUUCGGAGGAAGACACAGAGGAGGAGCUGCAGGAACCGGAGGAGAGAGGUGACUACUCCUUCUCCUCAGCCAUGUGUGGCAUGGCUCAGGUAGCUGGUGCUGUAGCAGCUGUGGAGCUAACAGAGGAGUCCGGGGAGUGCGGCGAUUCUGACGCAGAUUCCGCCGAAGUCUACACAGCAUCCCGUGGUCUGAUGUCAGCUGCAGAGGCCUCUACAGCAGUCACGCUGCACUGCAGUGUGGCAGAGGGCACCAGCGUUGAAGCGUUUUGUGCCAACAUUGCUGAGGUCCUGCACAGGGAAGCAGCUGAGGUGCUGACUCAGCCACAAGGCUACAGGAGUGUAGCCCACCUGCUGGAGACCACGCAUAACAAGAUAGUAGAUGGCAUUACUUGUCCAAAGAAAUCCUGCAUGGAUGAAAGAGAAGUGAAUGACUUAAUAAAUGAGGUGGCAGACAGCUUAUUCAAGCAUGCUUUAGAGAAAGCUAAAAAGAAAAAAGAACUGGAGGGUACUGGAAAAGAUGCACCAAACCUCCAGGUUUUUCUGCAGGACAGUGUAAACAGUUUGCUGUUUGAUAUCCUUUGCCUCACACAGAAGAAAAUCAGCCACAUCUCUGCAUGUGACCAAGGGUCCUUUCAGGCACAAGAGGGGGAUACUUGUCCUCGGGAGCCUGCUACAAGCAACGAGAGCAAGGAUCCAUUAAGUCAAUUACAGUGUUUAGUUGGCCAUAGCCAGUCCACUAAUAGUGAGAAGCCCAGUGGUAUGCUACACUGCACAGAUAAGCCUACCAUGGUCCCUGGGCUGAAGGAGAAACAUGUGCUUGAAGAAAGUGAUUUCAAUCCAUCCUCCUCCAUAACACACAGCAAAGAGCAACAGCAGCAGUCAUCGAGCAGACAAAGUCUCGCUAAAUCCACCUCUUUGCCUGCCAGGGACUUCUCUGACCUCCAACAGAGCAGUGGUGCCAUGAGAGAGCCUUGGAGUGAAAUUCCCAUUCAUAGCACAGAGAAGAGAGGACGACUGGUGACGGGCAGUGACAGCAGACAGUCCUCCCUCACACACCAGUCCUCCCUCAACUCCUGCAGUUCUCUGCUCUAUUUGAGAAUGGACUCAGAGUCCCGGACACCUAUCACUUGCUAUGCUGAUGAUUUGGCUGCUACGGUGGUGUCUAUGGCCACAGAACUAGCAGCCAUUUGCCUGGAAAACUCCACUGGGAAACAACCCUGGUUCUGUGCCCUAAAAGGGAUGUCUAACGAAGGGGCAGAAGCCUACUUGAUUCCUGCUUGCCGCACGGCCCUCAGGAGGAAAGAGGGUCAGAGCAGCAACGCUGCAUCCAAGAAACAUCGAGCACCACGCCUCAGUGAGAUCAAGAGGAAAACGGAGGAGCAACCAGAGCUGAUGGAGCGGCUGGUGAACCGGGUGGUGGACGAAUCAGUCAACCUCGAUGAACCCCAGGAUCCAUUUGCCCUCUUUGCCUCUGAAGUCACAGCGAGGAUCAUGAAUUGCCCUGAGCUUAAUGUGGUUGAUACCUCCAAAACAGGCCAGCCUCGCAGUAGGUUGCAGUGUGAGAGGUGGAGCCGUGGGAAGGCAUCAAGUUAUGAGAGCAUACCAGAAGAAGACGCAGACCCCUCAGGCACACCCAACACCCUGGGCCCUGGCAGUCGAUUAGGUCAGAACUUGAGCCGUGGUAGCUCAAUCUCCAAGCAGUCCAGCUGCGAGAGCAUCACGGAUGAGUUCUCACGGUUCAUGGUAAACCAGAUGGAGACUGAGGGCAGGGGCUUUGACCUUCUGCUGGACUACUACGCAGGAAAAAAUGCCAGCAGCAUUCUGGCUGCAGCUGUACAGCAGGCUGCAUCAAAGAAAAACGGUCACCUUAAUGUCAGGACCUCAUCCUGCCUGUCCAAACAGUCUAGCACAGAGAGCAUCACAGAGGAGUUCUAUAGGUUCAUGCUUCGGGACAUGGAUAAGGAAAACAAAGAGUAUGGCAUAGCCAAGACUAAAGAGUGGAGCAACAGCUUGUUCCCCCCGUCUCCUAGAACACCCUUCUGUAUACGACAGUCCUCUGUCCCAGACCGGCGCUCCUCAGACUCGCGACUGACCGUCAACUCACCCAUUAAAGCUAACUCUUUUGACGGAUUCGCCCGCAAUGUGCAUGGCGACACGCUGAAUAUCUUCCCCACCAACUCAGUGUCAGCCACGGGGCUGUGUAAGUCAGACUCCUGUCUCUAUCAAAGGGGUAAAACUGACCAGAUCACUGAUAUGCUCAUUCAUGAGACCUGGUCGAGCUCCAUUGAGUCCUUGAUGAGAAAGAACAAGAUCAUUGCUGAUCCAGAGGACAGCAUUGAGCUUGAGGCUGCAGGAGACUCCCAGCCCCACGUGCAGCAGUUUGCCAAUCGCCUGGCAGCUGAUAUUGUAGAUAUUGGCAGGUCUGCACUGGGAGGCCAACAAGAUGUAGCUGGGGGCACAUCCAUGACGCUCUCACAGCCGCACAUGCCUGUUGGUGAAAGAAGGAGGGGCUUCAAACAGUCUCAUCUAAGUUGUGGUCGGAGCAGGUCCAGCCAGGAGCAAACAGGUACUGCAGUAGGAUCUGGGACUAGUGACAGCAGUGCAGCCCGUGUGAGGGGCCCCAGAGAUGUGCCGCUGAUCCACAUUGAGGGAGAUCAGAGGGAUGAAGGGACUAUUUUAAACCCUGAAAGGACAGGUGGAGGACCUCAGGAAACACCCCCAGACGUGUCAGCUACCAAGCGUACAGAGAGAGCUUCAGCCAACGGCAGCAGCAGUGAGAGGGACAGGCCAGCUGUGGCGGUGGCAGCAGUAGUGAAGAGGGACAAGCGUUCAAUGAGCGCUAGCAGUGAAGAGAGCAUGGGGAGCUGGUCCCAUAUAACCCCCGAGGAUGACCCCCACGAGGAGACCAGUAGUUUUAUCCAGCUGAGCGAGGGAAACGGGACCAGCAGCGCAUCCAGCCUCGGCUUGGCAGACCUGGAUGCCUUUUCUGAUGUGCCCACUCAGAGCACAGUAAUCAGCGAGGAGACGGAGAAAGGCCAUCUGGCAGGAACCAGGGAGAAUGUCUUUGACAGCAAUUUGGCGAGGACAGCGGGCGGCGGCAGCAACCUCCGGGUGCUGUUGGUGGUAAACUGCGACCUGGAGCCCGAGUGCGUGGACUCCGAGCUGAGAGUGGCCCUGCAGUGGAUCGCUGCCUCCGAGCUGGGCCUUCCUGCCCUCUACUUCAGGAAGUCCAAAGAGAAGAGGGUCGCUAAGUUCCUGAGAGUGGUCCACCUGAUGUCUCAGAAGGCGUGGCGGAUUGCGGACUUGUUCAGUGCCGUGGUUCAGUUCUGUAAACUACACGAGAAAGAGGAAGAGGAGGGCCGCUCUCUGUCCGGCCUGUUUGAUUGGCUGUUGGAGACCCUGUAG